UACAAACACAUCCCCACUAAUAACCCCUUUGUCAUUCAUUCUCUUAAUAAUAGCCUCUCCUCUGAGUCAGCUCGAAUCACAAACAAGCAGUAUUCCCUUUUACUCCUCCCCUAAUUUCAAACCCUAGCUCUUCCUCCUCCUCAUCAAAGAAUCGAGAGACAAUGAAAGGAGGUAAUUCAAAGGCCGACUCCAGAAACUCAAAGCUGUCUGUGAACAAGAAGCCAACGAAGGCGAGCAAAGGAGCAGCUGCUGGUAAAGAUCCUAACAAACCUAAGAGGCCUGCCAGUGCUUUCUUCGUUUUCAUGGAGGACUUCCGUCAGACUUAUAAGAAGGAGCAUCCCAACAACAAAUCUGUUGCUGCUGUUGGAAAAGCUGGUGGAGAGAAGUGGAAAUCCUUGUCUGACUCUGAGAAGGCUCCCUAUGUAGCUAAGGCUGAUAAGCGCAAGGUUGAGUAUGAGAAGACCAUGAAGGCCUACAACAAGAAGCUGGAGGAAGGUCCAAAGGAGGACGAGGAAUCUGAUGAUAAGUCAGUCUCUGACGUUAGUGAAGAGGAGGAUGCUGAUGAUAAGAGUGAUGAGGAGGAAGACGAUUGACUAACAAGUUGAAGUUGGCAGCAUUAUAUAGAGGACGCUGCAACCAUCUCUCUCAUGUUUUUAUCUUCUUUUCUUUCUCUUUAAAUGUUAACGAGGCUGGUUUUAUUUUUACUCAGCUUACUGUUUAGUAAGCUAUCAACUAUCUCCCACUGAUUCUGAUUCUACGGGUAAUGGAAAAAUUGUGGUAUCUUGAUA